UUGUUCUGUCUCUCUCUUGUGGAUCAUUAAAAUUGUUUUUUUAAAUGAUUUUUAUUGAUGCUAUCAAUUUUGCUGAAGGGUGAUCCUUCAUAUUCAAAUUCCAAACCCAGUUAGAGAUUUUAGAAUUUGAUUGAGUUGGAUUCGUUUCCAUUGGUUGUUGGAGUGUGAAAAAAAUUCUGUCUUCAGUUAAUGGGCACUCUUCAUUCUCAAAUGUGAUAAAUACGAUUUCCUUGCAUGUCAAGUGUUGAUAUGUGUGCUAAAAUAUUAAAUAAGACGAUUGAAAUAUAUAGUCAUGUGAUUCAUGACAUAGUUCUUUGUCCUAAAAUUGAGGCUGAUAUCUGUUGGGGACCACAUAAUAUUUUGGAUUUACAAUCUCUCGUGGAUGAAGUGAAUGCAACUAAAUGAUAGAUAAUGUUUUCUAUAAUUUCACUGUAGUUCUGCUUAUCUUCAUUGUUUGUUUUUAACAAUGCAUGCCCUUAUUAAUGGAGAAAUGAAAGGGAAAGGCAAGCCUAUUCCCACCAUCAGUUUCUGAAGUUACAUCAAUCAUCCUUAAUUCUUUCAGGGUCACUCUUCCUCUAAAAAAGUUGUCAAGUUUUUUACUUGCUUUGCUUUCUGCAGGUUUGUUGAAUCUGCUUCUUUUUAUUUCAAUUUGGGAUUGACUCAUAUGACAAGUAUGUAUAGUGGUGGUUACACUGCUCUAGUUACAAACUUAUCCCCAAGAGCAACAGAGGAUGAUGUGCGCAAUUUUUUCACAUACUGUGGUUUGAUUGAGCAUAUUGAAAUAUUAAGAUCUGGUGAAUAUGCGCCUACUGCAUAUGUGACUUACCGGGAUGCUUAUGCCCUGGAAACUGCAUUAUUGCUAAAUGGAUCAAUGAUAUUGGACCAAUGUAUAUUCAUUUCACGCUAUGAAGCUUAUGUAAAUGACUAUGAUAAUUGGAGCAAUCAUGCAUCAAAUCCUGAAUACAGUAUUACAACCUCACAGGAUGUUCACAUGGAUAAGUUUGUUGCUUCCCCUGGAGAAGCACUAACUAUGGCUCAGGUGGUUGUCAAAACAAUGGUGGCUAAGGGAUAUGUAUUGGGCAAAGAUGCAUUUGUCAUGGCAAAAGCUUUCGAUGAAUCUCAUAGUGUAUCAUCUACAGCAGCAACCAAGGUUGCUGAACUCAGCAAUAAAAUUGGGUUGACUGAUACCAUUAAUUCAGGGAUUGAAACUUUUAAGUCUGUGGAUGAGAAAUAUCAUGUCACAGAUUUCACCAAAUCAGCUGCAACAGUGACAGGAACAACAGCUAUAGUCGUUGCAUCAGUUACCGGAAAAGCUGCUGUGGCGGCUGGAACUGCUAUAGCCAACAGUAGCUACUUUGCCAAAGGUGCUCUUUGGGUUUCGGAUGUGUUGACACGUGCAGCGAAAGCGGCUGCCGAUUUGGGUCAGAAUGAAAAGAAAUGAAACUCCAAACAUAAACUGCUGUCUAAUAUGUUAAGUUGUUGAACACAAACAAAUAGCAGCAUUUGUUUGUUGCUAUUGUAUUAUAAGACACGAACUUGCUUUACAUGUGUGGCUACUCAUCUGGUGCAAAUGUUCAUAUCAGUAGUUUUGGAGAAUCCAUGGUAAGCAGCCACUUAUUUGUGUACCCUUUUAGAAAAUAUAGCAUAUGGUACAAUGCAAGUACCAAGGUUCUUCUUGUCUACUUUCAUAUUCAAUGUGCCUAAAAUAUAUUAAGUUCAUAUUUGGGAUGGAUUAAUUUUGGGGGAAAUAGUAUUUUUUUCUCAAAAGCUCUCUUAAGUAGCUGGUGGAGAACUCUUUUUAGGAGAUCUAGUGUCCAAUGAUUACUUGAGUAGUCGCGACCAGAUAAAACUAGUUGUAGUUUAAGCCUGCACAGUGAUUAUCAGGAUGGACUUCUGUUAGUAGUUCGAACAUGUCGUUGGCGUUUUGCUCAGUAGUAGUAGGGGUGUCUUCCCAUUCUACCAUAUUUGUAAUAUAAGGAAGAAAAGAACUCUCUUAAGAUGUUAAUCAGAAAAGGAAAAGUGUUACUUUGCUAAAA